AAGUACUUCACUUCUGGACCUCUCUCGAUACGCUACAAGUACUUGUCCAAAUGGAGCAGAUCGUGUCCGAACUGGCCCAGUUCCUCGUUGUCCGCCUCGCAGAAACACAAAACAAUCAACGUUUGUUAGUGGGCAUCUCUGGAGUACCUGCAUCAGGCAAAUCAACACUUGCCCAACUAUUAACUGAGAGGGUGAACCAAGUUUGGAAAGAAAAAUAUAAGAGUGCGUCAGAGAUACGGCGUGAACCAGAUAUUGCCAUACUCGUUGGCUUGGAUGGCUGGCACUUGACUCGAGCACAACUCGAUGCCUUCCCAGACGCCAAGUUGGCUCAUGACCGCCGUGGGGCUCACUGGACAUUUGACGGACAAUCAUACGUCGACUUUGUGCGGCAGCUUCGAAAAGUACCAUCAUCCACGACCAGCGAUGGAGAAGACGUUGUGUACGCACCUUCGUUUUCGCAUGAAUUGAAGGAUCCUAUGCCUCGUGCCGUCAUCAUACGCCCACAUCACAAACUCGUCGUUAUCGAAGGCCUAUACACAUUCCUCGGUAUACCCCCUUGGAUGGAAGCAGCAGAGAUGCUUGACGAACGCUGGUGGAUAGAUAUUGGGGAGGAUGAAGCAGAGAAGAGGCUGGUUCUUCGACAUGUGAAAAGCGGGGUUGCAAAGGAUCUUGCUGAGGCGGAGUGGAGGGCACGAGAGAAUGACGCACCGAACGGGAGAUUCAUCAAAGAGAACAUGUUGAAACCGACUAGGUUGAUACAAAGUGUUGAGGAUCCAGUGUUACGGCGAUAAUAAUACAGAUAGAGGGUAUACGAGGCAAAUGAGGUCAUGCGGUCAUGAAGGAUCGACUUUCCUCUCGGCCGUCACUGCAACAGAAGUUCAACACCCAUGAUUUUUAUAUAACAAAGAAAGAGUGUAUACCCCACGGUCUUCGGUCCAUAGGACACUGCUGCUUCGACGCUGCAGUCCCUAUCCAUUUCAGAAGGCAGUGCAUGUGAAAGACAUGACUGCACUCUCCCCAGACUAUGACAAAUUUAGGGUGAACACAUCUUUAAUAGACAUCAUGGUACGUACUCAAUGGGCAGUCAUCGCCAGGCAUCUUGCAUGUCGGACAGCAUCCCUCGUAGGGUACCCGACAAAUACCACAAACAUCUCCUUCGACAUCACCUUCAUCGGCGUCGUUAUUACCCGUAUCCCACUUCCAUUGAGCAAUCGCAUGCCAGUUUUUUACUACGACCUUCAUGGUAGUUAGAAGCCAGAUAAAGAUGGUUGUUUCU